GGGCGCCAUUCCUGUACGAUUACCGACGACGGACAAUAUCCCGAAGAAACCGAUUAACUAGCGUGUUGUUUAUUAGUUCUGUCCAGACCUCGUGUUCUCCCUGACACGUAUACUACAGGUGCAGGUCGUUGGCUCCGGUCAUGGUCACAUAUUUUGGUAGUGACGGUUUUCGACUAUACGAGAUUAAAGGAAAUGAAAACAUGGAGCUUUUGCAACGAUUUGCUCUUGACAGCCUUAAAACUUAUUCCAUUGCUGAACAUGGUCAUUGUGUCGCUUUGUUGGAUGAUGAAAAACUUACGUGUCUUAAUGUUGGGAACAACGAACUGCUGGAAAUUCCGGUUGUUGGUGCUUCAAACCUCAUUUUAUCUCCUUGUGGUCGCAUCGUCUUUACCUAUGCGUCGUUUUACAGAGACCGCGAAAAACCACAGCAUGAUCCGAACGUUCGUAUAUUUUCUACCGAUGAUGGACACCUAAUUGAUAAGUAUAUUUUCCCACAUAGUGAUGGCUGGCAGCCUCACUGGACGUCUGACUCAUCUUUAUGCGCAGUGUGUUCCGAUGGGGCAAUCAAUAUUUACCUCUCCAAUCAAUUCGACUCGAAACCAGCCGGGCGAUUGGUUGUCAAAGGGAUGCGCCACUUUUCCCUGAGUACCUGCUCCAAGGAUCCGAACUUAGCAGUGUAUAUACCUGGCCAGAAGGGACAACCUUCGUUUGUGCGGAUUUACCAGUGGCGCGAUGGGCAGUGUGGUCAGAUUGCGAACAGGUCAUUCUAUCGGGCAGAUGCGGUCCAGCUUUUCUGGAACGACCGGGGCACUGAUUUACUUGUGCUCGCUUCCACUAAGAUGAGCGACGAGAGUUAUUAUGGUGACCAAUCCCUGUAUUACCUGACAACCAGGAAAUCCACGAACAGUGCUGUCGUCACUAUGCCCCGGAAGGGUCCUAUCUAUCAGGUAGCAUGGAAACCAAGCCCUUCGAACUCAAACCGAAGGUCCUCGGAGGAGUUCUUCGCAGUGUGCCACGGAGAUGUUCCUGCCUCUGUGACCGUGUUCGGUCUUGAGUGUGAACCUGUGUUCGAUUUCGGUGCUGGGUCCUGGAACCAAAUUCACUUCAACCCACACGGAAACCUGAUUCUUGCUGCUGGUCUUGGUGGUAUGAAUGGGGAUAUAGCCGUGUGGGAUUUCGAUCGACACGAGUUACUUUCCAGAUUCAGUACAACAGAUGUCACCAACAUUUCCUGGCUGAACGAUGGAGAGCACUUGAUUCUCGCCACCACCACCCCGAGGCUUCGCGUUAACAAUAGUUUCGGGAUAUGGCAUUACAGCGGUAAAAAGCUGUACUUUCAACGCGUUGCACGUCGUGCUGUUCCCCGUCCGGCCACUAUGGAUUUGCCAGCAGCCACUGAGCACGAGUUGUAUCGGAUACAAGUUGUGCCGCAACUAAAGUUGCCACCGGCCCCGAAACCAAAAAAAUUCAGCACGUCCGUAGAAUUACCUGCAGCGCCGAAAAAGUAUGUCCCACCGGCGUUGCGUAAUCGGUCCGAAGUGGCCAAACAGGCAAUGGCAGCAGCCCACAUGGAGGACACUAUGAAGCUGACGUACAGACCACCAAUUGCCUCCACUCUUCCCAUAGGGUUGAAUUCUUCGGCGUUGAAUCCGGGGAAAAAGAGUAAAUCCACCAAAUGUAAAACCAAAAUGUCUUCCACUGGGUCAGCUCCUGCUGCAGACACGUCCACUAUGAAGGCACCCUCAGCGUCCGCCGAAGACCGAGCUUGCCAGUCGGAUGAGCAGCUUCAGAGGACAAAGCAGAUUGCCCAGCUUAAAAAGAAACUCAUUCAAAUCGAGAAGCUUAAAGCUGAACAGGCAUCCGGCAAGCAGCUAGCCUUCAAUCAGUUGGAUAAGCUGGCGACAGAGGAGGAACUGCGCGCACAUCUGAACCGGUUAUCCGUGUCCUCUGGAGAUACCGCCAACUGCGUGUGAAACGAGUCAUUUUCUUCCCACCUGACGUGUAUUGUACCCUAAUGUCCUUCAAAUGAAGUGCCCUUGAUACUGUGAAUGUGUUCUGCUGUAUGCAUGUCCCAUCUUAUUUCCUUUUGAUACGCUAUCUUUCGCACUCAGCUUGUGAUUUCCUGUCAACAUGAAAAUAACCCUGCACUAUCAGUCCGGUAUCCUCUUCUACCCGUUUAUGAGCUGUUGCACACUCGGAAGCGAACUGCUGGCGUUACCAAUAGAUCUGCUUUGUAGUUUGCUUUCCGACUCAUUUUGCUUGCUUCUGCUACGCACUUCCAGUCCCCUCUAUUUGGAGACAAGGUUUUUUCACUGG